UCUACCUCCAUCGACCCAGACUCUAAAUCAAAAAGCACAGCACAACCCAAAACAGAAGCAGCGAUGUUCCCAGGAAUGUUUAUGCGCAAACCCGACAAGGCGGCGGCCUUGAAGCAGCUGAAGGCGCACGUGGCUAUGUUUGGGGUCUGGGUAGCCGUGGUUCGUGUCACCCCUUACGUUCUCCAUUACCUCUCCGAUGAAAAAGAUGAGCUCAAGCUCGAGUUCUAGACUCAGUGGGUCUACAAGGAGAGAACUUGAUUAGAACAUAAAGGAGUAUGCAAGUUACGGGUUCGUUCUUGCUUUAGUACGAGGCCGAAGUG